CUUUAGUCAUCACCGUAGCUGUUUUUAAACAUUAAAUUCUAAAAUAAGAAAUAAGACGUCUCCUCUGCGGGUUUGAUUUUCUGUUUUUAACUUCUUUUCUUUAAAUGUUUUUGUAUUUGUUUAUAUGUUGUCAUGGAAACGUCCUGACCUACAGUGUACUCCACUGUCUGGUCAUAGCAGGGGCUGCCUCAUCAAACACGUCAGGUAUUGAAUCAUCGACCGGCUCAGGAUGAAGGAUCAACACCUGCUCACAGUGUUACAUCAGACUCUGUCCAGGUGAUUCCUCCUCAUCCAGCAUGGCGUCCAAUGAUUCUCCUCCCAGUGAGAAUGAGGAGAAGGUGAAGAGGAGGAAGGAGGUGAGGAGGAAGGAGGUGAGGAGGAAGGAGGUGAGGAAGAAGGAGGUUCAGGUGGAGGACAUCGAGGAGUUAACGUCGGCCGGUCACAGAGCUCUGCAGGAGGGACGGAGCGCCGACGCCAUGAGCUGCUUCAACACUGCGCUGCAGGCUGCACAACAGCUAGAGGGCAGGCGGGUCCAGCGGGCCUGUUCCUUUAACCUCGGAGCUGCCUAUGUGGAGACCGGACAGCCACAGGAAGGUCUGGACUUCCUGCGGCAAGCUCAGCCCGGUCCAAGAGCCAACCGACUUCCAGACCUCCAGUUCAACCUGGGCUUGGCCCACAAUGCACUGGGGCAGGACAAAGAGGCUGCCAUCUACUUUCUGCAGGCGGCUCAGCUGUACAGGUCGCAGGGAGAUGGACGCAGCGAGGGCGACGCCUGCAUGGAGCUGAGCCGCUGCUACAGUCGAGUACAGGACUGGUCUCUGGCAGUUCAGGGUUUCCUGCGGGCUGCAGAGAGUUACAGAGUGGCAGCCAUGUUGGAUUCUGCAGCUGAUGCCCUCAAAGAGGCAGGAAGUCACAUGAUCCAAUCAGAUCAGUUCAACCGUGAUGACAUCGUCAGCGUAUUAACCGAGUGUCUGAGUUUGACGGAGAACAUCACUGAGACGGGGAUUCUGGGUGAGCUGUUCCUGUCAGUGGGCGUGUCUUACUGCCGGCUCAGGUGUUUCCAGGAGGCUGUGCAGUGUUUCCAUCAGGCUCUCGGCCCCUCAGCUCAGCGUCCCCCCCUGCUGGCCAAAGUCUUACACAACCUGGGAG